UGACACACGCACCCGGCGCGGGGAGGCGGCGGUAGCUGGAGACGGAGGGCGCGCCGAGCCGAGCCCUGAGCAUGGCGAGGACCGCGGCGGCCGCUCCCGCUCCCGCAGCUCCCGCCCGCGGGGAAGCUGCGGUAGCGGCCGCCGCGGGGGCGUCGAGGCGGCGCUGGGGGCAGGGGCCGUGGCCGGGCCGGCGGCGGUGGAUGCCCGCCGGGCCGGGGCUCGCUCUGGCGCUGCUCCUCUCCCGCUUCUGCUGCAGUGCCUUAGCUGGACCGAUUGUUGAUCCACACGUAACAGCAGUCUGGGGGAAGAAUGUCACGUUAAAAUGCAUAAUUGAUAUAAAUGAAACAAUAACACAGAUCUCAUGGGAGAAGAUACAUGGUAAAAGUGCACAAACUGUUGUUGUUCAUCAUCCUGAAUAUGGGUUUUCUGUUCAAAGAGAAUACCAUGGAAGAGUGUCAUUUAAAAACUCUUCGCUCAUUGAUGCAACAAUCAGCCUAAACAAUGUGAGCUUCUCUGAUGCAGGAGAGUAUGUAUGCAAAGCAGUUACAUUCCCACUAGGAAAUGCACAGUCGUCAACAACUGUAACUGUAUUUGUUGAACCCACUGUGAGCCUUACAAAGGGACCAAACUCUUUAAUAGAUGGUGAAAAUCAGACAGUAGCAGCCAUUUGUACAGCAGCCACUGGGAAACCUGCUGCAGAUGUUGAUUGGGAAGGAGGCCUUGGUGAAAUGGAAUCUAGUUCAACUUCCUUUCCAAAUGAAACAGUGACAGUUGUAAGUCAAUAUAAAAUCAUUCCUACCAGAUUUGCAAGAGGAAGACGUAUAACUUGUGUUGUAAAGCACCCAGCUUUGGAAAAGGAGAUAAGAUAUUCUUACGUGCUGGACAUCCAAUAUGCCCCUGAAGUUUCAGUGACUGGCUAUGAUGGAAAUUGGUUCAUUGGAAGAGAGAAUGUUCAACUUAGGUGCAAUGCUGAUUCUAAUCCACUACCUAUGGAAUUUACCUGGACCAGGCUGGAUGGGCAAUGGCCUGAAGGCUUACUGUCUAUAAACAAUACUCUGCAUUUCAACAGCCCACUAACUUACAAUUACACUGGGACUUACAUCUGUAGGGUGACAAAUUCCCUUGGUCAAAGAAGCGAUCAAAAGACUAUCUACAUAUUAGAUGUGCCAAUUAAGCAGACCUCUUCUGUCGCUGUAGCAGGGGCUGUAAUUGGAGCAGUUCUUGCUCUCUUUAUCAUAACAAUCUUUGUGACAGUGCUGUUGACCCCAAGGAAAAGAAGGCCAUCCUACCUGGAUAAAGUGAUUGAUCUUCCUCCCACACACAAACCACCACCUUCAUAUGAAGAAAGAGCUGUCUCUGUCUCUCAGAAAGAAAUCAUUCUUCAGAAAGAGAAUUUCCCUUUGCAAAGCCCAUACAGAGAGAGAGCAGCUACAAAUUCACAGCACAAAAAACCAAUAAGUGGCAGGCAACUUACCUAUGAUGAGAGAGAUCAGUUGGGACAAGAAGGUCCUCAACAAAUGUACCCAAUUUACAAGCAGAUGCGUUACCAGGACUGGAGUUCCAAAAACCAAAACCCAGGAGCUGGAAGAAUAUACAUCAAUCCUAGAGAACACUAUGUGUGAUUAUAUCCCCUGUUGUAUAUUUUCCUUCAGAAUAUGUUAAAUCGUUCCAACUUUUUUGUUGCUAAUGCAAUGCUGUUUGAUUAUAGGAUCAAUAUGAUCUGUUCUGUUUAGCAGGGGUAGUCAAUUCUUAGUUUAUCUACUUUUUGUCUUUGGGCAGAGGAUAGAGGUAGGUGUGAAGAAGCAAAUUCCUUGAGAAGCUGUUUAGUAUGGGACUUUAAUAAGUGACUUAUUUUUUUUUGUUUGUUUAAUUGGUAUUUUGCACGUGUCAGUAUUGUAAUGUUCUUCAAACUGCUGUGAUCUUCCAAAUGAAGAGCCUCAGCUGGCUGUGUCAACCUCAUUUCUGAUUCUAAACCUCACUGUACUUCAGACUGGCCAGCCAGUUCAUAAUAUGAGUACCUAUGAAGAAAUAUGGACACAGUUUGUUUAAUUUCUUUGGAAAUUCUUUUUAAAAUAGUUAAUUAUUAAAAAUGCAAUACUUGUGCAUUAAGAAUGAAGCCUAAGCUAGAGAGAAAAAGUUGCCUGCUGUGAAAUGAGUAGUUGGCAGCUGUGAAUAGGCUUUUGUUUAACUUUUUAAGACGCUUCAUAUGAGUGUUAUUGACUGACAGAUUGACAGAACUUGGCCCUGGCUGCUGUUGCCUUCAGGUACCUCCUUUCCCCCAUUCCCAUGAAGAUUUAAACUAGGUUUGUCUUACUGUAUUCUCAGGAUAAAUACCACUUGUUUUUCUACUCAACUGCUGGACUGCUUUAUUAGAAAACCUAGGUUCCAUUUUCUUCUUACCAUUGGCUGACUUUAGCAGACCUACUCUAGUGUCACUAUAUAUACUGUUUCCCACUUCCCAGAAACAAUUAGCUUUUUGGUGGUAGCAAGAAGGGGAGAGCUUGAAUGUAUUGUGGACAAUGACUUUUUUUUAACCCUUGACUAGGACAGGUAUAAAUAAGUAUUAUGAAGUGUUGAUUGUGAAUGUAUUGCCAGCAUGAAAAAUAUCACAGGGGAAAUUGAUGGUAACAGUAUAGAGCUGCAUUUUUAAGUUACCUUUUCUAGAGAAGGACUAACUUUUUAUAAGUAAAAAUGUGUGGUUUUGGUUUUAAGAGCUAGCACAGAUUAGACUGAUUUUAAAGUUUUUGUUUUUCAUGCAUCCAGUUUACCAUGGCAGAUAAUGGAACACUUGCAUGUAGCUUGUGAGAGAGGGUAGAGCAUUAACACUGGGAUAUAAGAAAAACAAGAACCCUUCCACAAGUUCAUUUUCAGGUAAAAUGAAAACCAACCACAAAAUUACUACUAACCUUGUGAAUAAAUUUUUGUGGUUGGUUUUGUGUUUUGUUAUGCCCUUAAUUGCCUGAAAGUGUGGCUAGGUUACUAUUUAAGAUGUGAUUAAAAGGUUAAUUGUCUUAAGCAUAACAUCUACCAGAGGCCUGAGAUGCUUCCUUUAAUAUUUUAAAAGGCUCAAUAGAUGCUACAAAAUUUAUUCCAUAGCAGACUUAAUAGAACACUUAAAUAUUGUUUUUGAAGGAUUGAAGAAAUCCCUAGAGUACUUAUCCACUUACAUCAAGUAUUAAACAUUUAUUAAAAAAUGCUUAUUUUCAACAGUAGCUUUUUAGACAGUAGCUCUAUUUUGUAGAUAGCCAAAGAUAGUAAAGCAUUUUCUUCAUCGGCUGUAUUAAAUCAAUUAUUCUUCCUGUGAUUUGUUAAAGCUUUCAUCCUUGAGCAUCUAAAACAGCCCUUUGAAAAAGACUGUGCUUAACUUCUAUAGUAUGUAACAUUUUAGUAGUAAUGAUUCCAGGUUCUCAGAAAACAGAUUUCUGUGCUGAAGCCUAACCUUGUGGCAAGGCAUGAUUCACUACAAAAAAAGUUUCCUAUGAUCCAUUUCACUAGAAAAAAAGAGUUGCUUUACCAACCAGUAGAGGUUUCUUGAGUGAGGAGGAGGAUUCCUAACUGUGAAAUUAAUCAGGUUUUUCAGCUGGAACACCAGCGCCUUAACUGUGUUUUUGAAAAUAAUGAAACUUUAACUAUCUUAUUCACAGCUCAACAGAAUGUAGCUAUUGGGAACUGUUGGAAAGAAUUGUUUAUUAAUUAUGAGGCAAAAUUAAAGGCAUGAAUCUUUGUUAAAAUUCAUUGUGAUGUCUCCCAAUGAAAAAAAAAUCUUCAGAAAGAAUUAAAAUUAGAGCAUCUAUUGCUUUCAUCCAGAAGUAACUUGGUAUUUUUGAUCCUGUAACAAUGAGACUCCGCGACAGUCUCAUACAAUUAACACCUAGCCUAACUUUUACUAGGAGGGGGCAGGAAAGAUUAGUUCCCACUCUGUUAUAAGAUGGAUACAUUUAUUUUACAUCACUUGGGUGGAUUUAGUUUGAUGACUUUGUUGGAAGAAGGUCUGGCUUCCAGUGAUGUUGGUAGGAUGCCUAGCAUGCUGCUGAGAGCAUAUUCUAAUGUUUUGUCACAUAUUCAGUAUGAUAUUCUAAAAAUAAGAAAAUUUUGAACACUGACAGCUUUUCCAAAGCAGUCAUCCUGCCAGUUUCAGGAAGACAAACCCCUUCCAUGAUCCUUAGAAAUGGAAGUGAAGAGAGUACAUGGAAGAGAUCAUAUUGGUCUCUUGAAGACUUGUUUGUUAGCCAUGAUAAAGUGGCCUCUCUCUGCCUAAGUAAGGACCUGACUUGCUAAUUUAUCGCUCUGUGAAUUAGAAAAUGCCUUGUAGUCUCAUACACUACUCAUAAUUCAUUGCAGAGCAAAUCUCAAUUUUACUGCUGUGGAAGCCACUGGCAGUGUAAAAAUAAAGUAUUUUGGGGCAGAAGGGUUUGAUUUUUAUUUUUUUUUUUAAUUGGAGUAUAAGUGAUGCAGCGUUGUUCUUUCCCUUACAAGCAGAGCUACAAAAUUCAAAUGCUUAGCCAUCCUUCCUCUGGCUCUCCAAAGAUUGUGUAAAAUAUGUUUCGUUACAGGGUUGAUACUUGUUGUGACCUGAAGGAUGUUUGUAUCCGUGUACUCCUAUGCUCCAGACAAACUUAGUACAAGAAGUGAGUGGGACAGAUCAAGUAUCUAUAAAACUUAGUAAGGAACAAAUUCUUAAGGCAUGUGUUCAUAAAUACAAUUUGCUAAAAAACAAAACAAACAAACAAAAAUUGCUAGGCUGAGGGCACAAAGACGUGGCUUCCACAAAAACAACAAUUCCGUGCAAUUUUGGCAUGGAAUCGCCAGGAAAGAUUGUGGCUGCCCCCCCCCCCCCCCCCCCCCCGUCCCUGUCCCCGUCCCUCUCUGCUCAUUGAUCAAGAGGCUGCCCAUUGUAUGGCCCUGUCCCUCUGCAAUCAGCAGCAAGGGGCAGGGCCACAUGAUGGCUAGCUCUCUUGGCCAAUCAGUAGAGGGGCAGGGCCGCUGGGGGGGACAGAGCACCAGGAAAGACAGUGCAAAUGGUGCUGUACAUUGCAAGUGGCCUGCUAUUUUUAUUUUGCCUCAGUGUGGUUUAGGUACAUCCUUACUAAUGACACUUGAUAUUAAGAAUAGACAAGUAUUUUCAGUUCAUUUUAAGGGUAGAACCUGGAAGCCCCAAGGUUAAAGAUUCCCAUUAUGUCUGCCUCUGUACAGUUCAUAGGUAACAGUCCCUGGCCCAGGUGGCUUAAAACCCUGUGUCACAGAAAACAUAAUGAUAGAAAAACUAAACUGGUGUUUCGUUUUUUGUUUUUUUUUUUAAAAAAAAGACAAAAUAAUAACAACAAAAAGUAAGGCAGAAUGCCAAAAGUCACUUAUGCUAGAUAACUGUGAAAGGAAUGAGUGAACAGAAUAUUGAGUAUAACUCUGAAAUAGUGUAGCUUUUCAAGAAUACCAUCCUUGGAGAAACAUGUUUCAGCUUAUAUAGGUAGGCCCAACAGCCCCAUUUUUAGAAGUCUGAUUUUUGUCUAAAGGCUUUUUACACUGUACCUGGAAUGGAUCUUCUUUAAAAAUAAAUAAAUAGCUACAACUAGGAAGGGUAAACAGCUUCUUUUUUGACCUUUUGCAUCUCAUUCAGAUCCUGCAGCAGUCAAAUUGGCAUAGUGUAGAAGUGGCCAAUGAAGUGGAGUGCCUGGACCUGUGAGUGUUUUAAGUUUUUAAUAUGCUAGUCCCUGAAUUUGGACAGGUUUUUUUUUUUUUUUUCUUAUUUUUGCAAGCUACAAACUGAGUGUAUAAACUCCAUAUGGCACUGGAAAAUUCCAUGCAGUGUGUUAAUUUGAUACCUGCUGCUUUGUGGGAUGGCAGUAAUCCUAUAUUUCUUUUAAAAAAAGGAGGCGGCAAAUAAAAAAAAAAAAAAAUAGCACUACCCUUUGGUUUCAGCAAAAUGCUUUCUAGUUCCACAAGAUGGCUUCUGGAAUGGGACACAGUCAAGUUUAUCUUCUCCUCCUGGGCAUUACAAUUUGGCCCAAGAGGCCCAGGAAGGCAGGGAUUUUCUUUUGUGUUGCUUUCAGUGGCAGGAAACAGCUUCCUUAGCUCUGAAGUUAGGUGACUAACUAAACAGAGUUGUCCAUUUUGGCUUUUCACUAUUUCAAAUAAUUUAGUGUAUUGUUCUCAGGAGACUUUGAAGUAGUGCUCAAACAGUCAUCCCUUAAGAGUUUUUCUUUCAGCAGGCAAUACCCAUAAUCAGGUAUCUUGAGUCUUCCUCUGAUUUAAAAAAAAAUCCAAUUUUCAAUUUUAAAAAAGUAACCCAAAAUCCAUAUUUUUCUGUGAUUAAAAUGAAACAAUACUGUGUGUGUAGGUGUGUGUGUGGGUGUAUAUAUAUAUGUAUGUAUGUGGCAUUUAGUUUUAAUCAUGGAAAAAUGUGGAUUUUGGGUUACUACUUUUAAUCUGAAAAUUGGGAGGGGAUCAGAGAGAACCAGGAUCUCUGCUCAUAAUCUAUGUUGGCUCCCCAGUAUCUCAGAUAUGCAACUGGCUACCAAUUCAGUAGCCUUAUACAACUGAAACUCUACCUAUAAGUGGGAGCUAGGCAUGCAAAACUUGCUGGUGCAUGAUCAAACAGGCCUAAGAGUCUUGGCAUCCAAAUGUUACUGUCAUGCACUGCACUUAGCAGCCAUCAGAGGUCAACAAAACAUGAUCUGUAAGCUAAGAGAAGACAAUUUCUGUCACAAUAUGGAGACUUAUAAGUAGAAAGACCUCCAGGUAUCUUGGCAACCCAGGCAUUGAUAUGGACAACUUCAUGUGCCAGUUAUAAUAGUUGAAUAUUGCCAUGGCAGCAGUUGCUUUUCUGGAAGAGUAAUAUUAAAAGUAGCUAAUAUUUGUCCGUCUUAAUAAUAUAAGUUAAAAGGUCAGAGGAGCCAAUACCAUAGGACUAGUUAGGACCACCCAUGGACAUAGUUAUAGCCUGUCUGUGGUCUACUGUGACACUUGGGUUUUAUGUGUGUCAAACUCCAUUCACAACUGCAGAGGUUAUUUUAGGCAAACAGAGGAUGUGGGCUGAAAACUAAUUAAACUACCAAACAAGUAGUGGGAGGCAAAAUUUAAAGUGUUAACUUCGAAGGCCUAUUCCUGUUUCUCACACAGUGGAGUCCAGAACAAAAUUAAACAUGCACCAGAAUAUAUACAAAUGCUAUGAAUAUGUUUGUCUUCAUUAUAUCUACUUAAAGUUUGACUGAGUUUUGAUAGUUUCAUAGCUUUUCUUAUGUUGUGUUGUAUGGCUGUUUCUACUGAGGCAUUUUGGUCCAAUUAUGUAUAAUCAAAUAUACAAACCAAACUUUUUGUUCUAGAGUAUAAAGCAAACAAUCCUUUAUUCUUACAACUGAACUGAUAUAAUUUAAGAUGCCAUCUUAUUAGAAUGUCAGGUUCAAAUAACAGAGGGCUGUAUAAUAUGUGUAUCAAUCUUUAUUUUUGAGGAGAAAGUAACCAGUAAGGCCACAUUUGUUUUUAGAUUUUUUUUUUACCUUGAUAUUGCUAGAUUCUUAACAACUUACACUGUACAAUACUUUAAUUUGAGUGCAAUUUAUAGAAAUGCCAGUAAGUGUGAGAAAUGUUUAGAGUUAACUUACAUUACUAAGGACAUAUAGGUGAUCGAUUGGCAAAUAACUCUGUGAAGUAAACACAUUAACUAGUGUAAUUUACAAAUGAUUGGAUUAGACAAGUCUGUCUAUAUAAGACUGUUAUCUGUUCACAGCUAAAGAUAUUGGGUAAUGCAUGCAGCAAAUGCUUGAGAAUUGCUGUUCAGCUGUGAAAUGUUUUUUGCUAAGUAAUGUAACUUGAAAUAUAGGUUGGUUGGCAUGGGAGAGGAUUCAUAAAUACCUGUUUGGACAUUUCAAGUAGAAAGACUUGAAUUUGUAGAUUCUUUUUGGAAACUUCAGGAAAUAGUUCUUUACUUUUUAUGCAGUUUUAAAUGUAAUGUAUUUUUGUUUGAAUAAAAACAUCAAGAUAGAUAA